AUCAAUUGUAAUUAGUGUUGCGGACCUUUUUCAAAGAAUAAAACUUAACAAUAAAAUGCCUGGACAAAAAAAGUUGAGAUCAAAAUCAAUCAAAAUCAAUCGAAAACAAUCACUAGCCGUUGAUUUGCAAUAUGUUUUAACUCGCAGGCAAUAACCAAUGAUAACUUGCUUAGUAAAGUAAGAUAAGUGGGGGUAAAGGUAAGAUUAAGUCGAGAGGCAAAACCAGGGCAAAAAAAAAAAGACUCAAGUAUAGGAUUGAUCAACAGGGAUAAGAUGGGAUAGGGGUUUGGAUGGACCUUGAUUAGUGACUAGUGUACAAUGAUGAUCAAUGAAUAAGUACCAGCUGUUAAGGUUAGAUUCGCUCAAGAGAAACGAAGUAAAUUCCAAAUUAAAUCAACCAAAACUGAAAGCCUGAGAAAUCUCUCAAUCAAAAGUAAACACAAAUACAGUCUCACCUUUUUUUUUUAGUUUUUUUUUUUUGUUUUGUAUGGAGCUACAGGAGGAAUCGUUAAGCACCAGCAACAACGGUAGUAGCAGAAGUAAUAGCAGCAGCAGCAGUAGUAGUAAAAUCAAGAACAACAGCAGCAGAAAUAACAACACGGUCGAAAAGGCAGACCACCGAUUGUACCUUUUCUCACUCAGCGCUAUCAGUACAAUUGACGGCUAGCGCUAGCACCAAAUAAACAAACAGUGAGAACACGAGACUCCAGAAGAAACCGUAGAUGAAUUCUCAGAUGGAGCAAGCGGAUUCUGGUCUGAUAGAAUUGAAAUUCCCAAUCAAUUCAUCAAAAGUUGGCG